AAGUGAAAAUUCCRAUGUGUGUUUACUAUUUAAAAUGUAUUGUUUAGUGUAAGUAUAUUGUGUUUAGUGUCAACUCUUGAAACMCAUUAAUUGCUGUGACAUAACAGUCMACAAUUGACUAAUUGAAAAUUGUUAAAAGUAUUUAAAAAAACACUGUUAUAUCUUAUUUUUCAAAUGCUUUCAAAGUUAAAAGAAAUGAAUGYCUUACAGUCUUCAUCUUGUGAAAACGAUUUAAAGCUAGCUUUGAAAUCCUAUGAAUUCGAACCAACACAUUUUAGAAAUAAUUCUCAGUCUUUUAGAAUACUAGAAGAACUACAAUCUCCACGCAAAAAUAAAGUAUUAUGUGACUUUAGAUUCAAAAAUGAUGAYGGUAAAAUAGAGUUUGGAUUUAAAAAUGUUUUAAUGGCAAGUAGUCCAUAUUUGUAUACAAUGUUAAGUAAAAUUGAUGAGACAAAUAAAGAUCUUGUUAAUAUAAGAGUAUUAGAUUCAACUGUUUUACACAAAUUAGUAGAUUMUAUUUGUACUGACCAAAUGUUAAUUAUGGUCGCCAAAGAAAAUGUMCAGGUUUUGUUACCUGCUGCCAAACUAUUACACCUAGAUUUUGUAAAUGGUGAAUGUGUUGAGUUUUUGCAUAAAGAGCCAGAUCAAUCAAAUUGUCUUAGUAUUAAAGCAUUUGCUGACUUACAUAAGUUUACUGAAUUGUUAUCAAGUUCUGACUCGUUAAAAAAAAAACAGUUUUUAGAAGUGGUUAAAAGUAUUGAGAUUUUAUUUUUAUCUUCUGAAGAUGUGGUUAAGAUUAUCUCCUAUAAUAAUGUUGUUCAAUUUGAAAAA